AUGAAGGUCAUUAAAAGGACAGCAAAAGGCGAACAGCAAGAGGCCUUCUACGUACAAGCUCGCUGGAGGGCGGAUUUGCCUCUUGGGCUGGUCAUCGAGAACAGGAAUGGUACCAUUGUCGUGACGCAAGUUCAGCCGGGCAGCAUUGCAAAUCAGUUUUUUCAGUAUGGGGACGUCUUAGAGAAAGGUAAAAGAUAAC